AUGAGCACGAAAUACAAUGAGACCGCUCGGUCUGCUUCCGAGAUCACUGUCGAACAGUUCAUCUCUCUCAAAGUUCUAUGGCCGCCACGUCAUAAAGCAACAGAGCUGAGCACUGACAAUAUAGCUAAGCUCUAUGGCUCGAGCACAGUGGCGCUUCAGGCUCUGAAAAACGAGACAUGGAGGAAUGACCCAUCAUGGAAGGCAUACCUGACGGCCAUCACGGCCUCACAAGCAGUCGGAGCUUUUGGAUCCAAGCUCCGGAGAACCAUGAAACUGUCCCGGGAUCUUGGCGUGUACGCCUUGGUUUUACAAGCUCAAUUGGAAGCUUCAGAGAUACCAAACUCUUUCGACGAGUCGCGCAGCCUUCGAUUUACACCAAGAUACAACAUGCGCCAUGGGGCUAAGGGUGAACAUCAUGAUUUCCAGGGUAAAGGCAAAGAAAAAGAGGCAAGCCCUAAGAGCCAAGGCUCCCAACAUCCUUCUGAAACGUCCGAAGUCUCUUCCGGGGCUCGAACCAUCUCUCCCACUGCGCACGCAGAGGCCCACGAUUUUCCAGUUGGUGACGAGCAAAUUGUCAACACCGCAGCUACAAAUUUCUUGAAUGCCCUGUUCAUUCACGACGCACGCCCAGCAGAUUGGACUUUACAAAGGAAACAGUUCAAGUUCAAAUCAGAUUCCGUCAACUUCGAGGCCCGUACGGACGGCCAUUUGCAAGUCCAUGGUCACAAGAGGUCCGCGGCAAUUCUUGAGGUAAAGCCGCGUGUACGCUAUCACGAAGAAGGCUUCCGCAUUGAGAUGCAGGAGAGUGCACAAAUGGCAUUGUGGAUCUUUCAGGAGCCGAAUAGUCACUGGGCUCCACCAACUGGAGGCGAUAAGUACUAUCGUGUCCUUAUCUCCCCAGACCGUCAGGAGAUCUACGUGACUAUUGCGAACUAUACGGCGAAGUACGUUGACUACCUACAGAACAAAGUGAAGUUCGAGCAUGCAGAUUUCCUUCGAAUGAAUAUGUACGGACCCUUCCAUACAACAGACAGUGGGCACAUGGCUUGGCUCGGUGCUAUCUUGCGGAAACUGCUACCCUACGCCGCUGCUUAUAGACCUAGCCGGCAGUUAUCGCCCUCACAGCUUCCACGUACGCCGUCACCACCUACAAUCCCUCUAACAGAUGAGAGGAGGGGCAGGGCACCAGGCCCGCAAGCAGAACCGCCCGGCAUUUCGCAACGUCGAACAACAUCCUCACCGCUAAACCCGCGUUCCAAGAACAGCUCUCCCCCCUCCUUUGAGCAUGAGGACCCCAGCAGACUCUUGUUCGGGGGCCUGGCGAUAAGCGACAAUCCUCGGAGUUCUUCACAAAGUCAGUCACCCCAGCGUCCGGGUAUUUCUGGCACCCAGGAGGCCGCCUCAGGCCGGACUUUGAGCCCAUUCAGAUCGCCACCCCGAGCAGGACAUGCUGCAGCCUCUGGAGGCGAACAAAGCACCAGACCGCAAGGAGGCCAGCCAGGGAGUCAGCUGAGCAGAGAGCAGGGGGAUAAGAAGGGAAAGAGGAAGAAGUAG